GAAGAAGAAGUCUGGUUUGACACGUCACUUUAAGGUUAAUUACUGAUCGUUGGGAGUGUAAUGUUUAUUUUUUCUAAAUUGACCAACAAAACGUAAAUCAUGUUCAAAAAACUCAAAGAUAAAAUCACGGAAGAGGUCAAAAGCUCGCCGCAACGUUUCCAACAGCUUACGCAAUCUGUAACAGAUGCGUUGCAACAAAACAGCCAGCAGCCCGACGACAAUUUUUUCUCGAUCGGGGACGACGACCCGGCAUCGCCGGUGGCAAGCCCUGAUAAAAACGAUCGGGGGUUUUCUAGCGUCAAUCUCGUAUCACCUUCGGCAGAGGGUACAAUGAGACGAAAUUCGGUAUCGUCCGUAGCCAGCGACGUUUCCUUUUUACCGAGAUACGAAUCGUCCAACAUGUACCAUUUGCAGUCCGAUCUCGACAUAUCGGCCAGCGAGUUGGAGGACAACGCUUCCACAAGUUCCUCUCAGCUCGGCCAUUUAACUAAACAGCAAAUUUAUUCAGCGUUUCAGAAAUCCCAGAUGCGGUACCACAAAUACAGGGGCCGUUUCACGGAUUUGGCUAGACAUUACAAGGAGUUGGAGCGGGAAAAUGGCAAAAUGAAGUCGAUAUUGGUCGAGACGCAAGACAAAGCGAUUAGACGCGUCGAGGAGCUGAAGGAACAGUGCUCCCUGGAGCAAAGGGCCAAAGCUCACCUGGAGGGGGCGCUGCGCGACGAACUCGACGAGAAACAAAUCAAAAUAAAUACGCUCCAGACGAAAAUCGACUUGCUCCAAAUGAGAGACAGUGCGGAGCCGAUCGGCUCCAACGUGGAGCAGUUAGAAACGUUGACCCGGUACCUGAACGAGGCGCGUGGCGAGAUCGAAGCUCUAAACGCAAAAAUCCAAGAGUACAAGGCAGGCGUGAUCGUGUUCCAGAGCAAGGAGCUUGAGUACAAGCAGAAAAUCGCUAGCCUGGAGCGCGACGCGACCGAUUCUGCACAACGCGUGAAGGAGAACAACCUCAAACUUGCCGAAAACAAGAUGGAGCUGCACAACGAGCUGCUGAGCAAGGAUGCGGAAAUUGCGCAGUUAAAACGCGACCUGGAGGCGCUUAAAGCAAACGUGGACGCGUACGAGAGCGACGCCUCCAUGGGUACGUCAACAAAGCUCGAGAACUUGCAGAGCCAAAACAAUAAACUGAUUGAAAAAGUCGAGAGCUUAACCUCGAAGUGUAACGGACUCGAAAACGAACUGCUCAAGGUGGAGAAGUAUAAGAUGGAGGUCGCGGACCUUACCACGAGGUUAACUGAAUCACGAACGCUCGUCGGAGGUCUAAAGGAAGGCCUGACUCGCUGUCAUGACAACAUAAAACAGUUGGCGGCUGAGAAACAACGUCUGACCGACGCCAUUGUCGAGGAGAAGGCGCAGUACGAGCUCCAAGUGGACGCGCUCAGGGAGAGCGCGCGUAAGGGCCUGUUCACGCUCGAAAAGCAAAUUUCCGAUAAGCUACGAGCCAGCUACGAGCAGCGCGAGCGCCAGCUAAGGGUGGAGCUCGCGCGGCUGGCGGGCGACGGUAGGGACGUCCACGAGCUCCGCCUGGAGCUAACCGAUAAGGCAAGUCUCGUCAAAGACUUGACGGAAGAGGUGCAUCGCUUGCAGCGCGACCUCGAAGCAAAAGAGGAGCGCUAUAGACGGCUAGAGACCGAUCACCUGGAGUUGAUCGAGGAGUGCGCGGCUCACAGGACGUCGGUCGCCCGUCUGGAGCAGCGCGUCGCUAGUCUCGAACAGGAGGACAACAAAACGUACCAAGAAAAUGUCGCCGGUCUACAAAAUCUCGUUCGAACGCUGCAAGAACAGGUGGACGCGUCGCAGAGGAAUUACCAUGAGAAGGAGAAGGAGAACGUGGAAUUGGCCCGUAAAAUUUUUGAGCUGGAGGAAGUGGGAAGGAACGUCGAGGCGAAACUUAAUGUCCUGGAACGUAAGGACGAAGCACUCGCGCUAGAGAGCACCGAGUGCGACCUCCUGGAGCUCAAGGUGGAGAAAUUGGAGCGCGAACGCGUCGCCUUGCUGGACAGUUUCGAGGCGGAGCGAGAAACGUUCAACCGAAUGAUGCGGGAAAACCGCGAUCUGAAAGUCAACGAAGAGAAGGUGGAUGACCUAGACAAAAGGUGCCAGACGCUCACCGCGAAGGUGCUCAAGCUCAAGAGCUUCCUGCGAGAGCGGGAGGAACGUGUGGUUGCGCUCAACGAAGAAAAAUUAAUGCUUGAACGGGAGAUGACGAAACUAAAGGAAGACCUGCGCAUCUUGGAGGAGCGGGACGAAGCCGUGGUGAUGGACAAAACCGAGUGCGACCUCCUCCUGCUCAAAGUGCGGCAGCUGGAAGAGGAAAAGGCCGAAUUUACGAAGUCGUUCGCGGUCGAAAGUCGGCCGGGAGAUCAGCGAUCCCGCCCCUUGACCCAACCGGGAGACCUGGACGUCGCGAAAGAGAACCUGGAGCUGAAAAAAACCAACUGCGAGCUUUUGGAGAAGGUCCGCGUGUUUGAAGAGCACGACCAAGCAGUCGACCUCGACCGUACAGAGACUGGUCUGUUAAAGCUAAAGCUUCAAGCGGCGGAGAACGAGCGCAAAGAGCUACUGGAUAAGUUCGAGCUGGAGCGCGCCAUGUUUGACAAGUUGUUGAGUGAGCACGCGGAGCUGGAGCUGUACAAGGAGAAGAUUGAAGGGUUGGAGGGCAGCAACCGAGGUUUCGCGGAGAAAGUGGCACGUCUAAAACGAUACCUUGACGACAGGGAGGAGAGAGUCGUGGAGUUGCAAAAGUCAAAGUUGGAGCUGGAACGCGAGGUCCACAAACUCGAGGAAAGCUUGAGAGUGGUGGAAGCUAGGAUGGAAACGUUGGAGCUCGACAAAUCAGAGUGCGGUUUGUUGCAGCUCAAACUGCAGGCGGCGGAAGAGGAGAAAAAGACUCUCGUGGAAUCCUUCGAGGCAGAAAGGACGACGUUCGAGGACGCGUUUAGUAGGCAGGAAAACAGGGAGGAGCAGUUGGAGCAUCGAAUUGCGGACCUGGAGCUGGAAAAGGAUCAGCUGCGAGAACGAUUAGAGAAAUUAGUCGAAGAAAACGCGAGGUUGGAGGGAAGGCUGAGUAAGCUGAAUGAGAAUGUGAAGAAAUUGAGCGAGGAGAAAGUUCAGAUAGAAUCUCAGGCAAAAGAAGACAUCAGGGCUAAGGAGAAAAAGAUAGAGGGACUAACUGACUCCAUGUCGAAAUUGGUAGAGGAAAGGGAAGUCGCACUUGUUGAACUGAAUAUAGAAUUGGCUAGGAGAGAAGAAAAUAAUGGUAAAUUGAAAGAGGAAAGAGACAAGCUGCGAGAACGAUUAGAUAAGGCUGAUGAAGAAAACGCUAUGUUGAAGGAAAGAUUGAGCAAGCUGGAUGAAACUGUGAGAAAAUUAAAUCAGGACAGGGAUCAAAUAGAAUCUCAGGCAAAGGGAGAUAUCGAAGGACAAAGAAAAGUUUACGAAGAGAAGAUCACUAGUCUAACUGAGGCUAUGUCAAAAGUUAUAGAAGAAAAGGAAGCUAGAAAGAUGGAACUCAAGAAACUGAAUGAAGAUAUGGCCCGGAUGAAUGAAGAAAAUCUUAAACUGAGUCAGGAAAUCGCGGAUAAAGAAGCGCGAGUUCAGGAAUUAUCUACAAGCACCAAUGAGCUGGGUGCCAGUUUGGCGAGACAAAGGGAGGAGUUUGAGGAGUUGCUUAGUCGGAGCAAACACUUUGAGGGGGUAAUGGAGCAGUUACAGUUGGAGAGAGCCGAGUGCCUCGAAAAGCAUUCGACUCUGUCGUCGAAAUUGAUAGAGAUCGAAGCCGAAUUGGAAAAGAAGAAUUCCCAGAUCGAGGAGAUGAAGAAAAGUCUCGUGAGCGUCGAAGCGGUGUGCAAAGACGAGGAGCAAAAGUUCAAGGAGGAAUUGCAGAAGUCGGCAGAAUUAGAGAAGGUCUUGAAGAAGAAAAUCGUCGACUUAAAAGGGCAAUUGAAAGAAUCGAAAGACGCGGGAGACCAACGAGAAACCCUGACGCGGGAAAAGAUGCAGCUAGGCGCUGAAAUGAACACUCUGCUGGAGAAGGUCCAAGAACUCACCCAAGAAAACGACCGGUUGCAGUUUUUGACACCCAAAGCCAAAGAGUGUGACUAUUUGAAAAUGCAAAAUGACGCGCUACAAAAGAAAAGUGACAAACUACAGCAAGAGGUAUCUGAGCUCAAGGUGCGCGUGAAUCAGCUGCUUUCAGACAAUAAGAACUUGAGCGAUGAGCAGGAGAGGUCGCUUAACGAGUUGGGCGAAUUCAAAGCCCGUUUGGAAUUUAUGACAAUGGAAAACGACCAGAAAACGCGACUAGAAGGCGAGAAAGGCGACUUGGAGCAGAUCCAACGUGAUUUUUAUGAGAUAAAGGGCAAGUGCGACGCCCUUUUCGAAGAAAACCGUAACCUAAAAGAGGAGUACCGGAAACUAGAGGAGCAGUGUAAUAAUUUCGGCAAAAUCAAGACGGAAAUGGAACGCCAGUACAGCGAGAUGUUGCACGAGAAACAAUUGCUCAAGGACGAGCUCCAGGAGUUGAAAAUUUUGCCCGUUAACUCUUCAAAUGCCAAACUUGAUAACUUAGCAAUAGUCAAACAGCACGAGGGUUUGCUGAACGGGCCUGCGGAUUUAUCACGCGAAAUCGAAAUUCUCCGCGACAAACUCACUCAGUACAAGUCGCUCGAUAUCACCAACAAGAGUUCAAUCGAGUUCUACGAGGGCGAGCUGCACAAGAUGAAGGUGAAGAAUGAGAAACUGAACAGGAAACUGGACGAGACUCUGGUUACAUUGAACCACUGUAGCGAGCUUUCCAAUUCGACGGAGAUCGAGUAUUUGAAGAACGUUUUGUAUAAUUACAUGCUGGGCAAGGAGAGUUUGGUACUCGCCAGGGUCAUCGCGGCGGUUUGCAAGUUUGACGCCGGUCAGACGGAAGCAGUCUUGCAGAAGGAACAGCAGAAACAGACCUUGCUUGGACAGUUAGGACUGCUUUAGCAGUUGGAAGUUUAGCGUAGUUCAACGCAUCGCAUACUACAUGAAUUUAACGACAACUAACUUGGAAGUCAAGCAGAAUGACGCACAUUUAGCGAGCGAGGAAGUCUCGUCACAAAG